AAUGAAAAACGGCGAACGCGGAGGAACUCUUUCUAGGCGGACGGGGCAUUCUGCUCAAAAAAUCCUGUCUGUACUGCUUGAAGGCUCUUCCCAGCCAACGCCUGCAGGAAGAUGAUGUCGAAAAGGCUUGUUUCCGCUCUUAGCAGCACUGUAAAGGUGUCUCAAAAUGCGGGAAUUGCUACUACUGCUCGGAGUAUGGCCGUCAGUGGAUCAGAGGUAUCAAAGAUCCUUGAGGAGCGCAUUCUAGGCCAGGAGAGUAGCGUGAAGCUGGAGGAGACGGGAAAAGUCCUUUCCAUUGGAGACGGUAUCGCCCGUGUAUAUGGUUUAAAGAACAUCCAGGCAGAAGAAAUGGUUGAAUUCGAUUCUGGAAUCAAGGGAAUGGCGUUGAACUUGGAGCCCGACAAUGUUGGUGUUGUCGUUUUCGGUAACGAUAAAGUCAUUCGUGAGGGAGAUAUCGUAAAGCGUACCGGAGCUAUCGUCGAUGUGCCCGUCGGUGAAGCACUUCUCGGACGUGUAGUUGAUGCUUUGGGUACACCCAUCGAUGGAAAGGGACCAGUCAACUGCAAGACAAGAUCUCGAGUAGAAGUCAAGGCACCUGGUAUCAUUCCCCGAUUGUCCGUACGUGAACCUAUGCUAACGGGUGUGAAAGCUGUCGAUUCGCUCGUGCCUAUCGGUCGUGGACAGCGUGAGCUGAUCAUUGGUGAUCGUCAGACCGGAAAAACCGCCAUCGCCAUUGAUACUAUUAUCAACCAGGCUCGGUUUAAUGCUGGUGCAGAUGAGAAGAAGAAGCUUUACUGUAUCUACGUUGCCAUCGGACAGAAGAGAUCCACUGUCGCCCAGAUCGUCAAGCGUCUUACCGACACUGGAGCAAUGAAGUACACCAUCGUUGUGUCAGCUACUGCCUCUGACGCGGCUCCACUUCAAUUCUUGGCUCCCUAUUCUGGUUGCGCUAUGGGAGAAUUCUUCCGUGACAACGGCAAGCAUGCGCUUAUUAUCUACGACGAUCUGUCCAAACAGGCUGUUGCCUACCGUCAAAUGUCACUGUUGCUUCGUCGUCCACCAGGUCGUGAAGCUUACCCCGGUGAUGUCUUCUACCUCCACUCACGUCUUCUCGAGCGUGCUGCUAAAAUGAACGAGUCCCUUGGUGGCGGAUCUCUGACUGCCUUGCCAGUUAUUGAGACCCAAGCUGGUGAUGUGUCAGCUUAUAUUCCCACUAAUGUCAUUUCCAUCACCGAUGGACAGAUUUUCCUUGAGACUGAGCUGUUUUACAAAGGAGUCCGACCAGCCAUCAAUGUCGGUCUUUCUGUAUCCCGAGUAGGUUCCGCUGCCCAGACUAAAGCUAUGAAGCAAGUCGCAGGUUCCAUGAAGCUUGAGCUCGCUCAGUAUCGUGAGGUUGCUGCUUUCGCUCAAUUCGGUUCUGAUCUCGAUGCUUCUACCCAACAAUUGUUAAAUCGAGGUGUUCGUCUUACCGAGCUCCUCAAACAAGGACAAUACGUGCCCAUGGCUAUAGAAGAGCAGGUCGCAGUCAUCUACGCAGGAGUAAAGGGACACCUUGACAAGGUUGACCCUUCAGUAAUUACCAAGUUUGAGAAGGAAUUCCUAGCACAUAUUCGAGCUACCCAACAAGAGCUGUUGAAAACCAUUCACACCGAAGGACAAAUCACCCCCGCGACUGACGCUAAGUUGAAGGAUGUGGUUACGAACUUCUUGGCUACGUUCAAGGCUUAGGUUGUAAUAAGAUGUAGCGUUGAUUCUUGUUAUAGAUUACGAGAUAAAGGAGAUAAAGUAACUAUUGAUGACUGCCUCUCGAUUGUUUGUAAGGUUGUUUAGUAGGUAGGAGACAAUUUGUUUUUGCUUGUUCGUUUGUGAAGCGUCAGCGUCAUACAAAAAAUGAAGGUUCAGAUCAUUUAGUGAGGGCGAAUAAAUUGCUAAGAGCA